AUGUUCAAUCCACCAUCUGUCCGGCUAAGAUGUUGGGUACAAAACUUCAGGGCCGUCGACAAGAGAGGAGCUCGUGGCUCGGCGCUGAGGGGAGCACGAGGCUCGCUUACUGAACUGAUGGAUAGACGUUCCUCAAGAACAGAAUCUGGAUUAUUGCAUAAGUUACAUGUAACCAGAGAAACCCACUUAAGUCCAAAAGCUAAGAAGCUAUAUAAGAUAGCCAGUCACCUCUCUAGAGCUAAUAGAACACUAAGAUGUACAAGGAGGUUGAUUAGAAGUACCAGAAGUACAAGAGAAGUAUUAAAUGAAGCAUUGCAGAAUUUUACAGCACUGUAGCUACUUUUAUCAAAAGCCAGAUCACACUGGCUGGUAGUAGAUCACAGGGACGGAGAUAUAGCCUAGAAGACAAAUUGAUGGGACUUAUACUUCAUAAACAAAGUGGUAGGGGAUAUCGUCAAAUAUUUGAGUAAUUGCACAUAUCCUUAUACUCCUCAGCAUCAUACAAAUUGAACUUAGAUCUAGUUAACAUUGAAGAGUACUGCAAAAGACAUUGUCUGAAGAUCAAUGCUUCAAAAUGUUCUACCAUGCUAUUUGGCCCAAAACUGUUAGUACAAUGGUUAGAUGGCCGAAUUGUUCCUAGUCUUAACGACACCCAUACUCCUAUAGUAGACCAUGCGAAGAAUUUAGGGAUCAUCAUGGAUUCAGAUUUGAGGUUUAAGCAACAUGUUACGCAUUUAUCUUGCUUAACAUACAUGCGUUUGAAGAUAUACAACAAUCGCCAUAUUCUGAAUUUCAAGACUCGCAAAAAACUGGCUGAGACUCUGGUGCUAUCGUUAAUAAAUUAUUCAAUUGCUGUUUACUUUUCUGUCUUGAUUACGUGACUAGAUAUCGAGUACAAAAACUUCAAAAUCGCUGCUGUAGGUUCGUUUGUGGUCUGCGAAAGUUUAGCCAUGUGUCUAAGAAGAUGAUUGAGGGUUGACCAGCUUUUCACAUAUAAUUUACUAAUUUUGGUACAACGAAUCAAAAUCAAUAGGCUACCUACUUAUCUACUAAAAAGGCUGGUACCACGUGGGGAUCUCAAUUACAGGAAUCUCAGACAUAACUCUGACUUCAAUAUACCUAGUUAUAGGAGCAACAUUUUCUAUCGUAGCUUCACCUACAACGCUGUCAAGGUGUAUAAUAGUCUUAAUAACAAUUGCAAAAAGAAGGGAAUACUUGCAUUCAAGAGAGCCAUUAAGAACCAUCGUCUGGGGUCUGCUAGCCAAGCUAGCUGAUAUAUUUCUUUUUUUUUUUGUUAGAGCGGGCCAUGUAGUAUUGAUGUAUAACAUCUUAAGAUUACUCUAUUUAAGCCUUAAUUAUUGUAUAUAUUAGUUAGUCGAUUGCUAUUCAUUGUUAUAUCUUUUUUUUGUAUGUGUUUCUGCGCUGUGAGGUUAAGUGGUAGAGUAGCCAGCUGGAUAAACUUCGCCUCGCAGUGUGGAUGGAUUUCUAAAGACAUUAUUAUUAUUAUAUUUAGCUUUGUGAGAAAAGGUGAUAUAAUCUGUAUAUGAAUGAUUGACCAUAAAAUGAC